AUGCUGGAACUGGAUUUUACAUUCUCUUUUCUCCAAAAAAAAUGUCACUUAGAUUUUAUUCUAUCUGAUUCUUUACAAUCAAAAAUCAACAGUAUUUUACGAGCACCAUUUUUUCUUAGACUUUUCUCUUUUUUCUUUUUAUGUCGAUUUUUUCAUUCCCUUUUAAUUAAUUCUUUAUUUAUUUAUUUCUUACUUUCUUUCGUUCUUCCUUUCUUCCUUUCUCUCAAGGCCAGUGUCUUUCUUUCCACUGCUUUUCUUUUUUUUGCUUUCUUUUUAUUUCGUUCGUUUUCAUCUUAUUUUUCCCUCCUCCUUUUAACACAUUUUCUUGUUUCCUUUUUUCUUUCUUUCUUUUGUUCUAGUUCUCUUUUUUUCUUUCUUUCUUUCUUUCUUUCUUUCUUUCUUUCUUUCUUUCUGUCAAGCGACAUCUUUUUGUUUCCUCUGCUUUUCUUUUUUUUCGCUUUCUUUGUAAUUCGUUCGUUUCCAUCUUAUUUCUCUCUCUUUCGUUUUAAAUCAUUUUCUUUCUUUCUUUCUUUCUUUCUUUCUUUCUUUCUUUCUUUGCCUCAUUUGGUUUAUCUGUUAAUGUCUCCCCACUAUUUCUUUCUUUCUUUCUUUCUUUCUUUCUUUCUUUCUUUCUUUCUUUCUUUCUUUCUUUCUUUUCUUUUCUUUUCUUUUCUCUUCCCCUUGACCUUCUUUCUGCUUUUCUUUUCUUUCCCUUUCUUUUUAUUUCGUUCUUUUUCAUCUAUCUAUCUAUCUAUCUAUCUAUCUAUCUAUCUAUCUAUCUAUCUAUCUAUCUAUCUAUCUGCAGCAGAAUUGUUUAAUAAAUAUUUUAAACGCAAAGGUCAAGUGGCCAUUUAUUCUGGCGAACCGGUUUCCAGGUUUUCUCAAAUCCUUCUAUCCCCAAACUUACCAGUUUCUUUAUAUAGAAAUAUUCUUUUGUCGUUCGUAGUUUUAUUUUUCAUUCGCCAUGUUGUUGUUUUUUUUUUAAUUGUUUUUCUUCAUUUUUUUCUCUCUUUUCUUUUCUUUUUCAAUUUCUGUUUCUUUUCUUUUUCUUCUUUUUUUUAUUACUUUAGCUGUCUCUUCUCUUUUUUCGUUCUUCUGCCAUUUUUUCUCUUUCUGUUUUUUUUAUCUUUUUUUUUUGUCAUUGACUACUUUGUUCACCUUUUCUUUUUUUCUUUUUGUUCUCUGAAUUUUUUUCCUUAA